CUCAGCUUCUGGCACACAGACACAAUGUCCAUCCUGAAGAUCCAUGCCAGGGAGAUUCUGGACUCCAGGGGAAACCCAACUGUAGAAGUUGACCUGUACACUGCUAAGGGUCUCUUCCGGGCGGCCGUGCCCAGCGGAGCUUCCACAGGAAUAUAUGAAGCUCUGGAACUCAGGGAUGGAGACAAGUCCCGCUAUCUGGGCAAAGGGGUCCUAAAGGCCGUGGAACAUAUCAACAAGACUAUUGUCCCAGCACUGCUGGAGAAGAAACUCAGUGUUGUGGAACAAGAGAAGAUCGACAAAGUAAUGCUGGAACUGGACGGGACAGAGAAUAAGUCCAAGUUUGGAGCCAACGCCAUUCUGGGUGUGUCAUUGGCUGUGUGCAAGGCUGGUGCAGCUGAGAAAGGCGUCCCCCUGUACCGACAUAUCGCUGACUUAGCCGGGAACUCAGAGCUCAUCCUGCCAGUGCCUGCCUUCAAUGUGAUCAACGGGGGGUCCCACGCAGGGAACAAGUUGGCCAUGCAGGAGUUCAUGAUCCUCCCAGUGGGGGCCUCCAACUUCCACGAGGCCAUGCGCAUUGGAGCCGAGGUCUAUCAUAACCUGAAGGCCGUCAUAAAGGCCAAGUACGGCAAAGAUGCAACCAACGUGGGGGAUGAGGGGGGGUUUGCCCCCAACAUUCUGGAGAACAACGAGGCGCUGGAGCUGUUAAAAGCCGCCAUAGAGAAGGCGGGGUACCCAGACAAGAUCGUUAUUGGGAUGGAUGUCGCUGCCUCUGAAUUCUACCGCAAGGGAAAAUAUGACUUGGACUUUAAAUCUCCAGACGAUCCAAAUCGGUACAUCAGCGGGGAGAAGCUGGGCGACUUGUACAAGAGCUUCAUUAAGUCUUAUCCUGUGGUCUCCAUAGAGGACCCCUUUGAUCAGGACGACUGGGACACAUGGAAGAGCUUCCUGAGCACUGUAGAUAUCCAGAUAGUGGGGGAUGAUCUGACUGUCACCAACCCAAAAAGGAUCCAGAAGGGGGUGGAGCAGAAGGCCUGCAACUGCCUGUUACUGAAGGUCAACCAGAUCGGCUCCGUCACAGAAUCCAUCCAGGCGUGUAAGCUGGCCCAGUCCAAUGGAUGGGGAGUGAUGGUCAGUCACCGCUCAGGAGAGACUGAAGAUACAUUUAUCGCCGACCUGGUGGUGGGACUGUGCACUGGGCAGAUCAAAACAGGCGCCCCCUGCAGGUCAGAGAGACUUGCCAAAUACAAUCAACUCAUGAGGAUUGAGGAGGAGCUGGGAGACAAGGCCAAGUUUGCAGGGCGGAACUUCAGGAAUCCCCGGGGAAAGUAAAUGAAGGAGCAGCUGUGCCCCCCGGUGUGAGACCCCCCUUGUGCUGCAGAAUUUCAGAGCCGGGUCCCACAAUGUUCUAUUCACUGCCCUGCAGCCCCCAACUCUUUGUAUUCUGCCUCCCCUCAUAUACAAAAGCAACAUGGCAGCUCCGCCAUCUGUGCUGCCCAUUGGCCAAUCCCUCCGGCAGCUCUGCUUGUAACAAACAUGGAGGGUCACGGACAAGGGAGGGGCAAUACAAUGAAAUGAGAGAAUAGUCCUAAUAAAAUGUGUAAAUAGAAAUA